CUGGUCCAGCCAAAGAACUGCAAAUGCUGAUGUGUUCGUGCAACAUGGAGACUAGAGGUUUCACAUCUGAUAAAGAUCCCAAACAUUUCUGAAAGCUCUACCCCUGUUUUGCCAUUUAUGUAGUUCUGAGGCAGUCUGUGGAGCUGCACAGUAUGUGUUUGAUGUUUCCCCAUUGCACUUCCAGAUAAUCUGAAGCAGAAUAAGAAAGAUGAAGAAAACUUUUAAUGGAUUUUUUUUUCCUUUUGAUUUGGAUUCAAUAACACAGAACCCAAAUCAUAGACUCACCUGAGCACCAGAUUCUUUCUUCACCUCUGCACUUGCCAUCAGUGAGGCUGCUCUCUGUUGAGCUUCCAGCAUGUGUGAUUUAGAUAGUCAUAAAACAUAUGUUCAUUAAAAAAAUGAAAGUGACCUGUAGGAAUUAUUAACAGAGAUCUCAGCAUUGGACUGUCUUGAUGUUGUGCUUUUUGGCUGGGCGAGUAGAUGUGCUUCUGGAAGAACAGGCCCAAGAAACAGGAUUUUUCAAAAGGAAAGACUGGAGGAAAAAAAAGUACUAGAGGAGGUAUAUCCAUGAUUUCCAGAAUCAUUAAAGCGUCUCAGGGAAUGUCAGCACACAGAACUCAAUUAUGGUAGGAGUGAAGGAAGGAAGGAAGGAUGGUGGGUCCCCAUGGGAUAAUAUGGUAUGUCCACCAAGUCAGGAGAGGAGAUGGCUUCUGUCUAGUCCCAAGGAAACUGGCCUCCUAAUGAGGCCUUGUUAAGCCUGUUAAGUAUUUAGUGCCACUGCUGCCUUGGUGCCUCUUGUACCAGGUAGAAUUAACCUGCAGAAAAGCCUGACAUGAAGUGAGAACCAAACGACUAAAUCUUGUCCUUGGAGCAGGAGUUAUAUUAACUUUUAUACACCCAUCGCAUCAUCCUAAAUGAUCACAAAACUGUCAAAUAACAAAAAAUCAAGCCCUACCAUCCACUUGCACCAUAAUCCUGGCUCAGCAGAAGGCCUCUGCACACAGCCCUGGGGACACCACCAUGGGACAAAGCUCUACCCCACAGCACAGCCAUGAAAGGCUUUGAGCUCAGCCUCUGAAACUGCAAAGCACUUGUUUUGUUGUCCAUGGAUAAUGCUUUAAUCCGCCGGGUGAAAGCUGGACGUUGCUCUCUUUUAUUCUGGCCGUAUGCAAUUGCAACGCUCGAAAAGAAAAGCCCCUCACCCUCCCGUGCCCACUGCUCCUCCGAACUGCUGACGCCUGGAUGGGCAGCUCCAAGGCGGAGCCUUUGGGAUUUAUUUAGUUCACUGCUGCAGACGAUGCCUUUAGUGCCACAAACCGCCCUGGAGACAAGCCCUAAUCAUCUGGGGGGGUGAUUAUGUUCAGUUCUUCCUCCCCAAACCCCCCAGACACAAUUCAGAUCCAAACUGGAGAGACAGGCAGGCACACAAGAGGGGAACCCGGCACCGUGCAGCCCCUCUGAAGCCAUGUACAGGAGCAGCUUCCUCCGCGAGGUGCGCAAGGAGAAGUAUGAGCGGUCGGACGCCUACGAUGAGCUGCGAGGCUCCCCUGAAUUCGACAGUUUGGCCCAAGCCCGGGGCCUGGAGAACCUGCAGGAGCUCAACGAGCGCUUCGCCAGCUACAUCAACCGGGCGCGUGUGCUGGAGCAGCGCAACACCAUCCUGCGUAAGCAGCUGGAGACCUUCCAGCGCAUGGAUGAGCUGGUGGGCCUGGACGAAGCGUUCGCCGGGCAGAUCGAGUUCAACCGGCAGCGGAUGCGGGAGCUGGCCUCAGACAGAGCCAAGCUGGAGCGGGAGGAGAAGGAUGCCCAGCGCAUGCUCGAUGAGUAUCGCAACAAGUAUAGAAAUGAACGUGAAUAUCAGCAGAGGCUAAAAGAAACCCUUGAGCGCCUUAAUAAGGAAGCUGAUGAAGCACUGCUGUGCAACCUGGAGCUGCAGAUAGAGUCCCAGUUCCUGCAGGAUGAUAUUAAUGCCACAAAGGACAGAUACAAGAAGAACCUCAUGGAAAUCCAGACCUACGUCAAUGUUUUGCAGCAGAUCAUCCAGACAACCCCUCGCGUGUCCCCCAUAACCACUGGCAUAUGUGAGGAAAAAGUGAUAGCAGAGAGGAGGAUCCCUGUUCUGCAGAGCCAGCUGGAGGAAUACAAGAGCAUCCUCUGCCAGCUACAGGCGCAGAAAUACAAGCUGCAGACAGAGACAACCAUGCUGGAGCAAGCAAUUAAAAACACCCAGGAGAGUUAUGAUGAUGAAAUUCAGCUUUACAAUGAGCAGAUUGAAAACCUUAGGAAGGGAAUAGAGGAGGCUGAGAGGAUCUUGGAGAAGUACACGACCGACUGCCGCCAGCUGGUGAUCUACCAGCAGUCCCUGGAGAACGAGCUGGAGCGGUACAAGCGGAUCAUCGAGAACGAGGACAGCCGGUUAAAUUCUGCUAUAGCAGGAACCCCAGUCACACUCUUCACACAGAUCUACAGACCUGCCCAGCCCCAAGUUUCGAGGGGAAGAGAUAUCACCCAAGCCAUGCAAGACAUUGCCAGUGUAAAGCCCAGACAAAAAGCACUGACAAAGAAAAUUGCCAGGAAAAAGGAGCUGAUGUCAAAAGACAAAACUGACAGUCACUCACCUGAAAGAAUGUAUGAAAGAACUCUGGAAGGUUUUGACCAAGAUCAGAUGGAGUACAGACACGAAGGCUCAGUCAGGUGUGAACCUGGGCAGGAAGGUUCAGAAUUUGAUGAAAAAGAAAUGGGCCCAGAGGAUGUACCUGAUGGAGCCCAGAUAAGUAAAGCCUUUGAUAAAUUGUGUAACAUUGUGAGAGAGAAAAUAAGAGUCCACAAGAAACCAGAGGCUAAGCCUGAAGCCCCUCCCAAAGGGCGUUACGUGCUGGUGACAGGGGAGGAAGGCUAUGAAGAACCAUGCAUCUUGGCCCCCCCUAUCCCUGCUCCAGGAGGGAUCACAGUUUCCACUGGCAACGGGAAGGUGAUGAAUGGUGGGGAGGUGGAGCCCAUACCGGAGCUGCCAGAACCUGCCGAACCACCAGAAAAAGAGAAAGCAGAUAUCUGUGAAAGGAGAGAAGGGUUUGAAAUCCCAGAUAAACAGAGAGAGGAAGAGAGAGAAGAGGUGCUUGAAUGGGGCAAAAAAGCAAGAGGAAAAAUCGAGCAAAUCACAAAGUAUCCGGAGAUCUCUGAGCCUGAGACAGUUCCUUCCCCUGGUCUGAUAAGCCCAACCGAGCCGGGACUCCUUCGAGAGACAGAUUAUGAGCGAGAAGACAAGCAGGGCCUUUUGUUUAGGGAAGCAGCCUUGCCUGGCUCUAUGAGCUACGAGAAGGUGGAGGUGGUGGAGUCCAUCGAGAAGUUUUCAGAUGACAGAAUUCAGACAUAUGAAGAGACAGCGAUGAUUGUUGAGACAAUGAUAGAGAAGACAAGCAAGAAGAAACCAGGAGACAAAGGCUCUUAAGUGACACACACCCCCUUGAUAGUCAACUUGUCUGGCAUAGUUAUUAUAUGAAUGUUUGUUUUUUUUUUCCUGACCGAAUGAUACAGUAGUGAGAUUUUUGCUGUUUGGUAUGGAACAGAUUGAAACCUUGAUGACAAUUCUGUCUGAUGUAGGCUCACCUUUGGUGCAAUGACCAUUAGCACGCUCCAGGGUACAUCCUAUGCAACUGAUUUUCAUGAUUAGGACACACUGAAAGUAACUAUUAUGACAGAGCUGCCUGGCUUUCCACAGUAUCCGGGACAAAUUUGCAUAUUCCUCUACUGCUCCUAUAACCACCGUACAAUUCCCCAUCUCUGAGACAGCUGCAAAUGUUAACUUGUGACAUCUGGUUCAUUUAAUAAAAGUUUUGCCUUCUACCGAAGAUACCCACUGUGGGUUUGUGUUGCCUUUACCAUUGACUGAUAGUCCCUACUCGUAAACAUCACCUGAGGUGUGCAGGAGUUUUCCAGGAGAAGGGCUGGAUACCUGUUAAAUAAUUGCAAUUGCAAUAAUAAUUGCAAAUCUCUCCCAGUUACAGUCUCUAAAUAGCAAUGAGCUUGGCAGACCUUUCAUUUUGGAUCUAAAGAAGAACUCUCUGUGUUUGAAAUAAGCUCUUACUGGAGAUCUCAGAAUAAAACCUGAAAUUCCACUGAAGUGGGAGAUCACCCUUAUAAAAGCUACUAAAGGCAUUAUUUGUCCUUCACCAACUCAACUAAGGUAUUUGUGGUUGCCAACGAGCUUUUGAGUGGACUGCAGCCAAAGACUGUGUGUUUUGAUAUUUACUUGUAAAGUAUUUCCUUGGACUUGUAAGAGUUCAAUACUGCCACAGGAUCCUGUCACAACCCAGUCUCUUGCAGUCCCAUGGAGUUCCAUAGGAUUGCUGGAAUAAGCAACACUUGCAAGAGACUCUUGCAGCUUCCAGAAACCUUCAACUCAGAAAAAAUAACCCCCUAAACUAAAAAACCAAAUCAAAACCAGGGAAAGGAAACCCUUCACUUGUGUGUGUGCAAAUACUGAGCUCUACUUAAUGUGCUCAUGCACCAUUUAGGCAUCAGCUUGACUCCAGGCACACAAACGAUCCCACCAAUACUUACUGAAGUGCUUCACUACGUUAGGCUCUACACAUUCUUUUCCCAUCCCAGUUCUCAAAGUUUUUUUUUCAGCUUUCACCAUUUUUGUGCCUUUUCCUUCUGGCUGUUAACUCCUAGCAGCUGUGAAGGAAGGGACUAAAAGCCAUUUGAGCUGACAAGCCUGAGCUGCAGGAUCCUUCUCACAGCACUCAAGACUUUCCUUCAAUAGUGUGUCGAGUUUUUUCAUCCAUAGGUUCCAGCACAAGUGUAGCAUCCAAUCUGUUGUGACUGUUUUCUGUGGUAAAGUGGCACCUUCUUCUUAGAAACAGGGACAGCUGACCCUCACAGUCACAAAGUUAUUCAGGAUAUUUUGUCGGUGCUGUUUUAUUGAAAUGCUGUGGGAGUUUAUGCCAGACAUGUCUUACUAGAGUGUGUUGCUUUUCAGUUUAAUUUAUUAAUAGCGUAAAUAACUGCAGAGAAGGAAUUUAUCAAUGCAUAUACAGGCUGUGCUCUGGUGAGCUGGGAGUAACUGCUCAAUAACUGCUGCUGAAAGCAGGGUUUGACUACUGCAAGGGAAACCAAAAAAAAAAAAAAAAAACAAACCACCCAAAACAACCAAAAAACCCCACCUCAACUGCAGCAAUAGGCAGUUUGUUUAAUCUGUCAUAAAACAGGGUAUAAACAGAUUCAGGGAGUACUUAGACAGAAUUGGAUAUUCUUCCCCCUCUCCCAGUCCAUCUGAUUGCACUGCAAAACAGUGUACACAAUACUCAGAAUACAAAAAAAAAAGCCUCAGUCAAUGGCAAUGAGGCAACAAGUCAGGAGAGUCUGGGCUAUGUGUCCAGUGUGUGAAUACCCUCACCACCUUCAUCUCUUUUGUGUUCUGGUGUCACUGCUCUUUGCUGAUGACACAGACCUGGUUUCUGAUGCCUGUAACCCUUGCUCAGCAGCUGUGCAAUGUAAGAACUGGUCCUAAACUGGGUUUGAUGGCACCUGUUGCUGUAGGAGUCACAUACUUGCACUGCCUGGCAGCAACCUGAGCUGCAAAACAUGAACCAAGAUGGUGCUGAGCUGCAUCACACACACCAACAUCACCAGAGGUCAAGGACCAGGAAGAGCUGAGGGCUAAAUUCUGCUACAAUCUCUGACCUGCCUUUCACAGACAUGGUAGUUGCCCCAUAAGGCUGCAGAUGAUGGGCACCUUUCUGUAGAUUUGCAUGAAAAUUAUAUGGAAAUCCAUUAGUAGUUCAGAAGUGAACUCUGGUUCAGAAUGACCAUGCCGAAGGUAUAGAAUAUAUAUAUACACACACACAAUAUAGAUAUACUGUAUAUAUAUAUAUAUAUGUAUGAAAUAUAUAUAAAGGUAUAGGAAAUCUCAUGAUUUAUGGGCUAACCUCUGCAUUAAAUGCAGAUUCUCAAUGAAGCAUUUAAAUGCUAAAGUCUAAUGGUGAAAUACUUGUGAGCAUCUAUUCACCAGAGACUGGGAUGAAACUCAAAUUAUUACAGGCACAUUCUUGCCUCUGAGGCAUCCAGAGCUAGAUCAGGAGGUUUCCUGUAAUCAUCUAUUGCUGCAGAUAUGGUAAGAAAUUAUAAAAUGAAAUGCACCUUCUGCCAUGGGAACAUAUGAGCUGAAAAGUACCCAAAAAGUCUGGGUGGGAGACAGAGAGGAAAACAGGGCUUUUAGUGUGCUCUAAACAGCAGAGGAAGAAAAAAAAAUCAACUUGCUGUAGCAUUUCUUUAGGGCCAGAGUUGCUUAUGGACUGCAGUGCAAAACUGUCAUUGUUUCUAUUCCUGAGCAUCCUCUUCCCAAACAUGUUCAGCACCUGCACUGCUGCUGCCUCUGCAGAGCUGCCCUUGGAGCUAACAGAUUUGAACCACUAACACCCACAGCUCUUCCCAGCCUGCAACCUGAAUCUUCCAUGUCCUAGAUUAUCACAGAGUUAACAUAAAGCUCCUUACUCUUCACUUGUUGCUAUCAACUCUUUUGGAGGAUCGUCUUUAUAUUCUCUGUAUUUUUUAUCAGUGUAAAAAGCAGAGGAGAAGGAAGUCAUCCCACUUAGAGCAGCAUUAUCUCCCAUGUACCUUCAGAUAGGCAACGAUGAUAGGACCUGCCGGUUUACAACAGCUCUUUAUUUUACUCAUAUUAUAAAACAUCAUCACUUUAGUUAAACAGUGUUCACCUAUUUCGCAACAUGAGCUUUAUUUUCUCCUUUAUUAUAAAUACUAACAAAUUAACUUUAUUUUUCAUCAGCAAUACCGUAAAAACCCGGUCUAACUGGACAUAUUUUUCAGUGAUCCCUUGAAGCAAAAAUCCUAAAGAAUUUGAAGUAGAUCUUUGUAUUGUAUAUACACAUAGUUUUUUAUAUAUACUUAUAUCAAAACUCACCAUUUCUGUAUAUCUCUCAUUAUCAUGAUCUUUCACUUAAUAAAUUAUGUCAGCAUUAUGAAAAUAUGAACAACCAUCUAGUUAUUUUGCUGCUUUAUAAGAUAUUUAAUAAUUGAACAGAGAACUGCAAAAUUACAUUAAUGCAAUGGAAAGUCAGGUACAUGUUCAUUUAAGAAUACCACAUGGACUUUUCUUAUUCCAAAACUUUUUCCACAUUUUAGAAGUCCUUAAAAAUCUUUCAGUAACCUCUUUCUUUGAUCACAUACACACAAAAGGUUGUGAUGUGUAUAUAUGUAUUAUACAUUACAUACCAUAUGUAAUUCUAUAUAUAUUUUUAAGCAAAUAUAUGUAACAUACUCUGAAUAUACAUAUUGUAUGUAAUAUAUAUAUAUACAGAGAGAGAGAGAUGCCACAGGUGUGUCAUAUGCAUUUAGUCAUACAGGUGUAUGCAUAAAUAUAUAUAUUUAUAUGGUAAAUUCUUCCUUUGGGACUGUUGCACACAAUGAGGAACCUGUGAGUAGUGCAAGGCUCCUUGGCUUGCCUUUAGAGUGUAAUUCACAGAGACUUUUAGUAGGUUGAGCUGUUUAUUUUUCAUUUGGAUUUGUAAAGGAAAGAACAGACCUCUUAUGGAAAAAUAAAAGAUGGAUAUUCACUCAAAUUAACAGCACAGAUUAUACAUUCCUAAGUGGAAUGUGUCCACCCAAAAACCUUUGGGUUAUGUUUUGUUAGAUAAAUAUUUACUUACUGAAUGAGUUUCUAUCAGGACAACUCUUAUUAAAACAUUUUAAAUUAAUACUCUGCAUAUUAAAAAUACAUAAUAAAAUUCUAAAACCUGUCGCUGCUACAAAGUAGAUCUUGGGUCCUGCAAAGAUCUGAAAUGCCUGCUUAAACUUACCAGUUGAGUAGGUCCACUGGGGGCCUUUAUUGUAAGUGCCUAAAUAUUUGCAGAAUCAAGACUCUUUAUUAUUCAAAUACUAAAUUUGGGAUCUCACACCUGGAAACAUGUAGUGGUUGCUACCACGAGUAAUUCCCACCAAGGAGGAUGUUACGUUUUGCAGUAAUACUCUGAGGGCAAGAGAGACUGACUUUAACUCCUGUAUAAAAAGUCAAGGUGGGACUCUUCAAACAGGAAAGAGCAACGACUGCCAACAAAUCUUCCCAAACACACUAUAUUUUAUCUCCCAAGAAGGCAAACUUUGCAUUACGCAUUAAUAACUUAUACAGAUAUAUUUAAAGAGAAAAAUAUGUCUAACAUAAAACCAAUAAAUAUUUUUUAAAAAUGAAAUUUGAAUUAAAUAUUGCAUUGGGACUGAAACUGCAUGCUUCACAUUUCUCCCACAGCAAUUUAUUGGCAGCCACAUUUCAACCCCAGAAAAUAGGGGGUCUGUGGUUGGUAAUGCUGACACAGCCUCACCUUAUGCUGCUGGAGUACAUCUCAGUAGAGAGACCACCACAUGCACUUCUGCACACAAGUUGCCAGAAAUCCUACAGCUCAUCCCUAUGUGCUUGUUCUGCUGAAAGAUGGUAAAUUGAUUCAAAUUGCCAAAGUUAAAAAAAAACAAAAAAACCAAAAAAACCAC